AUGGCGCCCCCCAAGAUGACAAAAAACCAGAUGAAGCGGGCGAAGAAGAAGGAGCAGAGGCAGGCCAAGGCUCAGGUGAAUCCUCCUAUUGCUUAUAUGCCACAUCGUCUUCGCCAAAGCAGACUUAUUGACGCGCCCCUCCAGAUGAAUGGCGCACCGCAAGCAGAUGGCGCGCCUAUCGUCGAGGAGGAUGAAGCCACAGCCGCCAAGAACGGCGAAUUGGCCGAUAUCGCCGUCACGGUCGAGAGGCCGGAGUUGGACGAGUCUAUUGCCGACAACGAGGCCCUCGCCGCGUACAAAGACAUCUUUACCAAGUUUGGCGCUUCCUUGGAGGACGAUGAGGUUGCGCGGGAAGCAAACGCCGGCAACCAGGGAGAUGUCUUCUUCGGCGACGACGACGAUAUCCCCGACGAGGACGAGGAACAUGCCAGCAAACCGAAGCUUUCAAAAAAGAAACGCAAGCAGCUGAUGACGCUCUCCGUUGCUGAGCUCAAGAGCAUGGUCUCGCGGCCCGAAGUCGUCGAGUGGCACGACGUUUCCUCGCUCGACCCGCGUCUCCUCGUCCAGGUCAAGGCUCAACGGAACAUCGUCUCAGUGCCGACGCAUUGGUCUCUGAAGCGAGAGUAUUUGUCGUCGAAACGAGGCAUCGAAAAAUCUGCGUUUCGGUUACCCGACUUCAUCGCCCAAACGGGCAUCGCCGAGAUGAGAGACGCCGUCCUGGAGAAGGAAGCCGAGCAAACUCUGAAGCAAAAACAACGAGCGCGAGUGCAGCCCAAGAUGGGAAAGCUCGACAUCGACUACCAAAAACUCUACGAUGCUUUCUUCCGCUUCCAGACCAAGCCGGAGCUGACACGCUAUGGCGAGGUCUACUACGAGGGGAAGGAAGCCGAGGUCGAUUACCAGCACUUCCGCCCUGGAGACUUGGGAGACGCCACGAGGGAGGCCCUUGGCAUGCCUUCUGGUUCUCCGCCGCCCUGGCUCAUCAAUCAGCAGCGGGUCGGACCCCCCCCUUCCUACCCAACCCUGAAGAUUCCCGGCCUCAACGUGCCCCCUCCGCCAGGAGGAACCUGGGGUUACCACCCAGGUGGCUGGGGCAAGCCGCCAAUUGACGAGCUGAAUCGUCCGCUUUAUGGAGGCGACGUUCUCGGCUUGAGCACGCAAGGCGCCGCCCAAGCUCUCCCGGGACAACAGGAGGCGCCCACGGGUGAACCCGUCGACCGCGCCCUGUGGGGAGAGCUGCAGCCGCGCGAGGAGGAGCAAGAGGAGGAGGAGUCCGACGAGGAAGACGAGGAUGAAGAGGACGACGACGACCACGUUGGAGGAGGCGCCGACAUGACCGGCCUCGAGACCCCUGGUGGAUACGCUAGCACCGUACCGCCUCAGGGCACGGAGACGUCCAUGAUGGGAGACAUGGAUCUUCGAAAGGAGCGCACUGGCUACGACACCGAGACACCGUCCGGCCGGGCCGCCUAUACGGUUCUGAAAGAACAACGAACCCAGGGUAGCAGUGGCCUCUUUGGUGUCGGCCACCAGUACGAUCUGAGCUCGGCUCAACGCCAGAACUUGCCCGUUCUCGGUGCCGAAGAUGACUCUCGUAAGCGCAAGAAGCCUGGCGAUGUCGACGUCGCACUCGACGUCGACGCCCUGAACCAGAAUGACGGCAUCAGCAAAGACUCCAUCCGUCAGAAAUUCGACGAAGGUAGCAAGGAACAAGGCAUAGGCGCCAACUGGCAGCAUGACGAAGACUUGGCCGACAUGAUUGCCGAGGAAAGCCGCAAGCGCCAGAAGACGGAGAGGGAGCGUAGCGACCGCCGCAGAGAUGGAAACGCGAGGCGCUGA